UACUCCAGAGGAGCAAAUCGGUCAAACUACCAGCAACUAUCGGACUACUACUUUGCUGUGGGACCCCCGAGCAGCGGUUGGAAUACUUUUGUUGGACUCAGCUGCGGGACGGCCGCAAAAUAAAUGUGCUGUGAGGCUCGGUCCUGAGUCUCGGAGGUUGGUCUUACCUGUGGAGCCAGUGUCUCAACUGGCGAGCCGAGCAACGGUUUCCGCUCGUGCCGUGUUGUGAUGGCUAGCAGGGCUAGCUAGCUGUAUGGCUGCCGCCGCCGCCGCUGCUGCUGCUGCUGCUGCUGGAAAGAAGGAGAUAAUUAGCCAGCAAACGGGCUACGCUUUUCCAGCUGCUGGGUCGUUUCAGACAGUUUUUCAUAUCUGCUGAUAAAGCUACUUGACUGACACGGUGUCGGAUAGUACUGUAAGGAGGAUCACAAGAUGAAAAUAUGAUAUUUAUAUCCAGUGGAUAUGUCUUCAUGCACAUCGAAAUUAUGGAGUGUUUUUCUUUUUAGCAUCAUGCGCGCCCUCAAAUCAGACCUCGACUACUGCAGAGAUUAUAUACCCCUUCACUUGGAUUUAUCGCGCAAUUUUUAAAGAUCCUCCGUCAAGACUGGAUGUGUAACCUUGUCUUUGUUUUCCGGUGAAACAUUAACCAUGUCUUUAUGCGGGCUGGAUAUGCUCAGAUACAUAUAAACAUUAGCGUAAAUUCGUGCGAAGGAAGCCCAAAGAAGGAAGUUCAGGACGGGAUAGGCACACAGAAACUACCCAAAGAAACAUGGCCUCGGUUUGGAAGAGACUGCAACGUGUGGGGAAGCAUGCCUCCAAAUUCCAGUUCGUGGCUUCCUAUCAGGAACUGAUGGUGGAAUGCACUAAGAAAUGGCAACCAGACAAACUGGUGGUGGUUUGGACACGUAGAAGUCGUCGGAAAUCCUCUAAGGCACACAGCUGGCAGCCCGGCAUCAAGAACCCCUACAGAGGAGUUGUGGUGUGGCCAGUACCAGAGAACAUUGAGAUAACAGUCACUCUUUUUAAGGACCCCCAUGCAGAAGAGUUUGAGGACAAAGAAUGGACGUUUGUCAUUGAAAAUGAGUCUCCAUCAGGCCGAAGGAAGGCCUUGGCCACCAGCAGUAUAAACAUGAAGCAGUAUGCCAGUCCGAUGCCCACGCAGACAGAUGUCAAACUCAAGUUUAAGCCCUUGUCAAAAAAGGUGGUGUCAGCCACGCUGCAGUUCUCCCUCUCCUGCAUCUUCCUCCGGGAGGGAAAGGCCACUGAUGAGGACAUGCAAAGCCUGGCCAGCCUGAUGAGCAUGAAACAGGCCGACAUUGGUAACCUGGACGACUUUGAGGAGGAGAACGAAGAGGACGAGGAGAACAGGGUUAACCAGGAGGAGAAGGCUGCAAAGAUCACAGAGAUAGUAAACCAGUUGAAUGCCCUCAGCUGCUUACAUGGGGAUGAUGAUGAUGAUGAUGGUGGUGGUGUUCCCAAGCGAACAUACAAAGCAACAGCUAAGCCUGCUGCUUCCUCCCAAGAGCUGAUUAACAAGCUCAACUUCCUGGAAGACGAGGAUCAGGACACAACUCCUGCCAUGAGCGCCAACCCCUUCGAUGAGCCUGAUGACGACCUUCAUCCAAACCACCACAACCCAUUUGAAGAUCCUGAUGAGGAAGCAGAGCCUCCUGCCCAGCCGGUACCACGGCAGCGGGUUGAAGACAAUUCCUUCUACGACCAAGACGACUCAAAUCCAUUCAAUGAGCCGGAUGAAGCGGAGACGCACACACCCCCAGGGAACCCCUUCGAUGAGCCUGACCAAGACACAGACCCCAUGCAGCCAGACCCAGGGCCCCCUAAACCCAGACAGAGAAAAGGUGUACGGCCUGUGGACAUGAGCAAGUACUUGUACGCUGACACUUCACACAACGAAGACGACGAGCUUGACGAGUCCAAUCCUUUCUAUGAGCCAAAGACAUCGAGCCCUGCACAGCCUCCAGUUAGUGGCCCUGCUCUUGACGCGGGCAACCAGAAGAGGAGGGCUCCUGCACCCCCAAGUACCAGCCCUGGUGUCAGCCCCAGUCUACCAACUCCCAAACCCGGUUCUGGCCCAGACAGGGAGAGAUUGCAGCCCGCUGGGCCCAGCCCAGUGUCUGCAGUAAUGGGGAGAGAGCUGGCUUCUUCUUCCCCUAAGCCCAGCCCCGUCCCGAGCCCCGUCCUGGGAGGGAAACCCAAUGCCAGCCAGUCCCUGCUGGCCUGGUGCCGCGAGGUCACCAAGAACUACCGCGGGGUGAAGAUCACCAACUUCACCACCUCCUGGAGGAACGGGCUGGCCUUCUGCGCCCUGCUGCACCAUUUCAGACCGGACAUAAUAGACUACAAGUCGCUCAAUCCUCAGGAUAUUAAAGAAAACAACAAAAAGGCAUACGAUGGCUUUGCGAGCCUGGGUAUCUCUCGUCUCCUGGAACCAUCCGACAUGGUGUUGCUGGCCAUUCCUGACAAGCUAACGGUAAUGACCUACCUGUACCAGAUCCGGGCUCAUUUCUCCGGCGAAGAGCUCAACGUGGUGCAAAUAGAGGCCAACAGCAACCGCAGCACCUACAAAGUGGGUGACUUUGAAACAGAUACAAAUGCCUCGAUAGGCCAGGACAAAUUCUACGCUGAACUGAACGACGUGCAGCAACGCCAGGCUGACACUCAGCCUGCUUCAUCUGAUGGUGGUGUCACUGAAUCUAAUGGUGCUGAAGCUCCUGAGAGGGAGGUGACGGAGCCAGCUUGGAAGGCAGAAGUAGGAGCCAUAUCGGACAGCUUGCAGUCAGCGGGGCCUUUGCAGUCUUCAUCUCCUGUCCCAUCACCGCGUUCAGUAUUAGCAGCAACAGCAACAAACUCGACCCACAUGACACCAUCAGGCUCUGAGGAAAGGGGUAAUCUCCUCAAAGCCAAUACUUUAGACCUUAGCGAGUUACCACAGAGAGUGGAGAGAGAGAUGGAGAGGGAUAGACAACACAAAGAUGAGGUGGGAGGCAAUAGACGGGAUGGAGGUAUCGAACCAGCAUCACCCACCAGAAGAGGGGCCUCCUCACCACCGCACCAGAAACUGGGCUUCUCCUAUAAUAGGGAUGCUGACCUCAUCAAGAAGAAGAGGGCCAGUCUGCGUCACUCAGACUCUGAACCUGCCUCAGACGCCAGCUCCCCUCCAGUCAACCACACAGAUACGGUCGUCAAACAGGAGUCAACACCUGCCCCUGUAUCAAGUCCCCCAACUGAGAAGAAGGUGCUCUCUCGUCAGGAGGAGUUGAAGGAGAGAGCCAGGCUCCUCCUGGAGCAGGCCCGCAGAGAUGCUGCAAUGAAAACCGGCAACAAGAAUGUCCCCAACUCAGCCACCUCUGUGCCAAACAGAGCUACGGGCGUCUGUGAUGAGCAAGAUGCAGAGCGACGGAGACAACUGAGGGAGCGAGCCAGACAGCUGAUAGCGGAGGCUCGGUCUGGAGUCAAGAUGUCUGACAUGAGCCUCCUGGACACAUCUACCACUGAGAGAGGCAAGAGCAGCAAGGCGGGUUCUGCUGGAGAUUUUUCGGACAGAGUGAGAACUCAUCACGGGGAGGAUGGUUUUGAUGGUGACAGGGCUGAAGAUGAGGAAGAAGGCAGGGUUGAGAAAGAACAGUUUCAUUUUGAUGGUGGAGAAGAUGAUGCUAUUGGUGCAGCCGCAUCUGCGCUGGUUACUAACCCACAGCCACUGGACGCUCUUCCAACCACUUCCACCUUCAGCACCCAGGGACUCAUGGAGUUUACUAACCCCAGCUCUGAAUUAACCUCUCAGGGUACAAACAGUAAGCAUGUGGAUCUGAAGCUGAAGAAGCUGGUGGAGGUCAGUCCAAGAGGAGUGACUUCACCUUCAUCCCCAUCCUCCACCUCCUCCUCAUCCUCACCGACUGCUUCCUCUACCUCCCCGCUCAGCCCUGCAGAAGGACUGGAGAAUAACGCUGAAGAGCUGCGAGCGGAGCGACUGCGCAGAGCCACGGAAAGGUUGCGAAGCCCAGUCAUCUUCAACAAGGAUUCUGCGGUCAGGAAAACACAGCUGAAGUCCUUCAGUCAGUAUGUGGAGAACAGACCGGAGGUGAAAAGACAGAAGGCUGAGGACGACAGAGGUUCACCAACUGAGAUCGACAUCCGCAGACCAUUCGAAGAGGAGAAGGCGUUCAAAGACACCAGUCAGUAUGUGGUUGGGGAGCUGUCUGCACUGGAGAGCGAGCAGAGGCACAUAGACGCCCGAGCAGCUCGCGUGGAGAAGAGGCUGCGCUAUCUCAUGGACACAGGAAACAACAAGGAGGAGGAGGAGGCCAUGAUGCAGGAGUGGUUCAUGUUGGUCAACAAGAAGAACGCCCUCAUUAGAAGACAGAACCAGCUCUCUCUGCUGGAGAAAGAGCAUGAUCUGGAGAGACGUUUCGAACUGCUCAACAGAGAGCUGAGAGCCAUGCUGGCCAUUGAGGACUGGCAGAAGACCGAAGCCCAGAAGAGACGAGAGCAGCUGCUGCUGGAUGAGCUGGUCAUACUGGUCAACAAGAGAGACGCUCUGGUCAGAGACCUGGACGCUCAGGAGAAACAGGCCGAGGAGGAGGACGAGCACCUGGAGAGAACUCUGGAGCAGAACAAAGGCAAGAUGGCCAAGAAAGAAGAGAAAUGUGUCCUUCAAUGAUUGUCAGGAAACAACAAAUGUAGCCGAUAAACGAAAUGUAUCAGCAUCAUGCUAACGAUUAUUAUAAUUAUUAUUAUUAUUAUUAUUAUUAUUAUUUGAUAGUGGUUUUUAGACACCGGUUAUUUGAAUCCUGAUGUGGUUUCUGUUUUGUUCAGAUUAACCACAGAGAUGACACCUUUUCACCAACUUUAUACGGGCUGACUCAGUCUGUCCCACUUUGUUUUUAUUUUAAACUCUACUUUAUAUCCAGAACGGUACCUGUAUGUAAAAUAAAACCAGGAGGGAUGAUAAUAUUUGUAUGUAAUGAAGCUGCAGCACAGCCUCCUCUCUGGACGUGGAUUCAGCCUGAGGCACAACGGGUUCAAAGGGGGAUUUUACUUUUCAUCAGUUGAGGAGAAGAAGAGGCCGAUGUUUUCUGUUUAAAGAGUCGUCAUAAUGUCAGUCUUUUCAAGCUACUUCAUUACUUGACUCUGUUUCUUUUAAUGAUUUCACUUUUUACUUGUAAAAUAUCUUAACUGAGGAACGUUCAUAAACUUUCCUAUUGCUUUUUUUAAUGUCUUGGCUUGAAAGCAGUUUACCAAAAGAUCACGUUUAAGAAAAAAAACAACAACGACAACAAAAAAAAACACUGUGUUGUAUAUUUUCAGACCAACACCCUCCCAAUUUUUUUUCUUUUUGUCAGGAUUCAUGCAGUCAGAAACAACAAAUAUAUAUAUUAUUUAUUGCCGUUUGUCCUUUAAGCUGCUUGGAAGUGAACCUCCCGUCACAUCUUUUGAUUUCUAUUUAUUGUCUAAGAGAAAUAUGCUUCCAGUGCAUCUCUUUUAGAGCUCCACAUCUGGUGCAGCUGUUCCUUUAACGUGUGAACAUUUAUCUGAUUAUUUAUUCCACUGUCAUAACCCAAGUCUUCAGUAAUAAAGUCCUUAUGAUUUCAUACUCCA